ACCCACGUACGUGGCCUAAGGUCCAGCAAGGACAAAGAUCACCUCUGUCUAUAAAUGGAGCACCAACCUUGCUGAUUUUAGUUUGGGCCCCUCAAAAGCCAUGACGAGAGCCAACGUCUUUAUUCUGCUUCUUGCUGGUGUGUUGGUCAACGGAAAAGACCUCCGCUGGCAGAACAGCUAUGACCAGCCUUUGGAUUUUAAUUGCCCAUCAGGACAAUCCAUCUCUCGCAUAGUGAGUGAGCAUGACAACAAAUAUGAAGACCGUCUCUGGGACUUUGGGUGCAAAGCCACGUUUGACUCAGCAACUAACUGCUUCACAUCCUCCUACGUAAAUGACUUCGACAAACCUUUCAACUACCAAUGCCCAAGCCACCAGGUCAUCACAGGGAUGAACAGCUAUCAUGACAACAAGCACGAGGACAG